GGGAGGGGCAGAGAGAGAGAGAGAGAGAGAGAGAGGUAGACACACAAUUUGAAGCAAGCUCCAGUCUCUGAGCCAUCAGUGCAGAGUCUGAUGAAGGUCUCAAACUCACGAACGAAUGAGAUCAUGACCUGAGCCAAAGUCAGACGCUUAACACCCCCUGAGCCAAAGUCAGACGCUUAACCCCAGCUGAGCCACCCAGGUGCCUGUCAUUGUAAUUUUGAUUUUCAUUUCCCUGGUGAUGAGUGAUAUUGAGCAUCUUUGCAUGUGUCUAUUGGCCAUCUGUAUAUCUUCUUUGGAGAAAUGUCUGUUUGUAUCUUCUGCCCAUUUAAAAAAAAAAUUUUUUUUUAAACAUUUAUUCAUUUUUUGAUAGUGUGAGUGGGGGAGAGGCAGAGAGAGAGGGAGACACAGAAUCCAAAGCAAGCUCCAGGCUCUGAACCGACAGCACAGAGCCCGAUGCAGGGCUUGAACUCACGGACCGUGAGAUCAUGACCUGAGCUGAAGUCGGACACUUAACUGACUAAGCCACCCAGGCGCCCAUCUUCUGCCCAUUUUUAAUUAGACUAUUUGUUUUUUGGUUAUUGAGUUGUAUCAGCUCUUUACGUAUUUUGAUUGCCCUUUAUUGGAUAUGUCAUUUGCAAAUCUUCUCCCAUUCAGUGAGUUGCCUUUUAGUUGUGUUUGUUUCUUUUUGCUGUGCAGAAUCUUUUUAUUUUAUUCUGGUAGACCCUUCACAUUUACUUUUAAUUGAAGAAAAAUAAACUUUCCUUGGCCUUUUUAUACCUUUCAGAUGUGUACAUUUCAACCUUGAGUCAUAAUUACACACUUCUGGCCAUAAGCAUUUUGUAUAUUUGGAUAUUAUAGCCCCUUUGGGGGUAGGAACCCAGAUUAAGACAAAGAGAAAGUAGGUUGUUGUUGUUUUUUUUUUUUUUUUUCCUCCUAGUACUUAUUCCAGCUUCAUGAAACCAAAAGAAAAUUCAGAUCAUGGAGGAACUGGAGAAAGCAGUGAACUCUGGAAGAUUGGGAGGAAUGGGGUGCAGAAGUUAUAAUUUGCAGUGGUUCUCGAUACUUUUUGCAUAUUUAAAUCACCAGGAGCUUUAAAAAUAUUCAUUCUCCGGCCCCAUCUUGCAAAGUAGUUUUGUAUGCCCACCUUCCCUGCAAAAACACAGAGCUUUUGAAGAAUAUAGGUCCUACUCAAAGCUCACUAAAUCAGAAUUUCAUACAUUUGUGGGUUUUUUUGUUUUGUUUUAUGAGGAGCUUCUUAUGCAGCUGAGGUUGAAAACUUCAGGCACAUAUUGUAUUUUAGCAUUUUGCUAGGGAAAAUUUUCCUUAAAGCAGUAACAGAAUUAUCUAUUGACAGUUACAAAAGUAAUCGUUACAAAAGCACUUUGGGGGUGCAUUUUUAUAAAUUUUAAAUUGAAUGAGUUAAACAUGUGGAGCCAAAAGCAGCUUAUUGGGGUGGUAAAUAUUACAUAUGAAAAAACCUUAAGGCAAAAAAAAUUAAAGGUAAUCUUGAGUACUACCAGAAAAAGUGGGGUGGGCCACUUGGCAGUGGGUAUAGAAGUUGGACUUUCAGCUUUUGUAACUGACAGACUUCUGGGUAAUUUAACCUGGACCACCUUUUUUCCUUGUGGAAACCCUGCCCACUCCUGUUUUCUGGGGUUGCUAGGAGUUGUUGGAACUGUAGAGGUAAUGUUCUGUAAACAAACAAGUAAUGAAUGAAAUUCUACUAAAGUUCACACCCCGUGACGAAAUCUGGAAGUAAAAUAGCCACUUGUCACAGUCCAUCUUUAGCAACUAAAUUUGAAAUCUACAUUAUUCUAGGGGCUGUUGAUCAAUGGUAGACCAAAAAGACAUGAUCUCUGUCCUUAUUGGGAUUUGAUUCAGUCGGAGAGAUAUUUAACAAGUAAAUAUUCUAAUAGACAUAUAAUUUAUACUAAAUGCUGAGAAGGAAAACAUAGUAUAGCAGAGGGCAGGAUAAUAAUUGGUGGUUUGUCUGGAAGGCGCCUUUGGAGGAAUGACAGGUAAAGAUUAGAAGGAGCCAGCUCUUCACAGUUGGGGUAAGGGGUGGAGUUGGUGGAAGAGAGAAUAUGUGCAUAGGUUCUGGAACAGGCAAGACAGAAGUUAUAGUUUGAGGAGCUAAGAGAAGGCUGGUGGGACUUCAUGUGGUCUGGUGGUCUUUGGUGUCUGAGCCAUGUGAAGCUUACCAGCCCUACAACAGAAUGGAGCCCUAGCCAUCCAGGAGAGGAUGCAGUGGUGUCUUUUGCUGAUGUUGGAUGGGUAGCCAACGAAGAAGAAGAGUGUUCAACAAGACGAAGGACAGAGGUCAGAUCAAGGCAGCCCCUUCAGGAUGGCCUGCCUUUCUUUGAGAAGCCGCCAAGCAGGGAGCUUUCCUUACCAAACCUGUCUCCAGAAGAGCCUCAACUGAAGACGGCACUGGCAAAUGAGGAAGCACUACAGAAGAUCUGUGCCCUUGAAAAUGAACUUGCUGCUCUCAGAGCUCAGAUUGCCAAAAUUGUGACCCUGCAAGAACAGCAAAAUCUCAUUGCAGGUGAUUUAGAUUCGACCACAUCCGUUACUGUGGCCCCACCCUCUGUCCCACCACCUCCCCCGCCCCCACCUCCUCCGCCCCUCCCCACACCAGGGCUCCACCAAAGUGUAUCUGCUAUUGACCUGAUAAAAGAACGAAGAGAGAAAAAAGCCUGUGCUGGAAAGACUCAGGUUAAGAGCAGGCCAAAGAAACCGGAUAUGCCAAAUAUGCUAGAGAUCCUUAAAGAUAUGAACAGUGUAAAACUUCGGUCAGUAAAAAGGUCAGAACAGGAUCUAAAGCCCAAACCUGUGGAUGCUACCGACCCUGCUGCCCUCAUAGCAGAGGCUCUGAAAAAGAAAUUUGCCUUUCGAUAUCGAAGUGAUAGUCAAGGUGAAGUUGAAAAAGGAAUUCCAAAGUCUGAAUCAGAGGCCACCUCAGAAACAGUGUUGUUUGGACCGCACAUGUUGAAGUCUACAGGAAAAAUGAAGGCUUUGAUUGAAAAUGUUUCAACUUAAUAAUAGCUGAAGAAAAACUAUCCUUGUUCCAGCUGUUGGUUUGUUAGGGCUAUUUGGCUAGUAGAAAUCAACACUAGUUAGUAAAUACCUGAAUUUAGUAUUCAGUAGUCUCCUUUAGGUCUAAUAAAAAAGCACUCUAAGUCUGUGUUUGUUUUUAUGAGAAGGUUCUGAAGUUUUCCAUAACAGGUUUUUAAUGUGUAGCCAGGAUGUUAAGGUUUCUAGUCUUAACAAUUAUAUAGAUUUCAGAGGAAAGGACAUUGUAGAUGUAGAGUUUUUAAUUUUUGACACUAAUUUAUCUGUGCAAAUGUUUUAUAUGCAUAUAUUUGGGUAUAAAAUAGUACGUAAAAUGUAAUAAUGACGUCAGUGAAGCUGUCAGUGAUUUAUUACUCAGUGAUGGAACAGCUGGUAUAACACACAGUUGCUCGAGUGAAAAAUUUGGGAUUGGAACCUUUUUGCCUUGAAUAGGACUUUAGGACUUUUACCCUAGAUCCCCUCUCACAUUUCUUUAGAGAUGGGGGUUCAAGUAGGAACCAGAUAAUGUUUACUGCUGAAAAUUCCAUAAUGCUUUCAUUUAAAGGAAAGUCAAAGACCACGAAAGCUGCUUUCACUCCAGUGCUGAGAAAGAAAAUGUAGUUUUUAGAUAGAAAUCAAAUUAUUGAAUCAAAUCUAUAACAAGUGAAAACCAGAAUGUACCAUCUUUCUAUUCCAGUUUAAUAAAGGCAUCAUAAAGAUGGCUUGUUACUAAUAUGUAAUGUAAAUGGCAGCAUAAUGGAGUUGAAAUUUUUUAAAAUAUUGGUCGAAUGUAGUAGCUUUAUAAUGAAACACUUAAUAGGUGAAAGAAUUUCCUGUAAGUUAUCAUUGGUCUGCUAUUCUGUUGAAUUACACCACGCAGCAACCCUUAGGUGCUCAUAGGAGAAAAGCCGUUCUUGUGGAGGGCUUCCGAGGAAUGCUGUACAUGCUCAUUUGGGAAUGCUCAAUAAAACUUUAUGGUUUUCUGUAUUUCUGCAAAACUCAGCUGUAGUUAACGCAGAAUCUUCUACCAUGAGUAAAUACUUGGAUUUAUUUAAAUCUAGUAAAAAGUGGAGAUGGGAAGAGUAGACCUUUAAGUUAUUGAAAAUAUGUGCAAUGUUCUCAAUAUUAGGAAAUGUUAUUCAGCUUAAAUUUGAACUGUGGCUUAUUUUACACGUUUGUUGAUUUACAUUACAUUGUUUCUAAUUGUUUCAUAUGAUUUAAAAAUUCUGCCUUUAAAAGAAAUUCAGAAAAUUUGCCUAAAUUAUAUAUUUUGACCUUCUAAGCAAUUUAUAUUUGUAUCAGUAUUGAAUUUUGGCCAGUGCUCCAACUGAAGGAAGUUACUGUAUUGGAAUAAAGCAAAUUUGUAUUUUCCUUGGA